CAGGGGGCUGGCCUCUAGUCUACGUCGUCACAGUCCGUUUCUGCUCUCGUGUUGUCCUACGACGGGUGGAGUUUGGCUACAGUCCGCCAGACAAAGACGAAGUGAUGGACCAGAGAAACCCUACUGUACCGGCGCCGGACCUGACGUGACUGAAGGCCUUUGUGACUGUGAGCUGGAGGGGGCCCCUGGUUCUUCCCCAGACGAGGGAACCACCCGCUGUGCCCAGUUGUGUUUGUUUCAUUGUUUACAUCUCUUCUAACCAGCGGGAGGCUUUUCUGAAAUACCAAAGGACAUCUGCAGCCUGCCUUAAGGACAUGAGGACAGCCUCCACUUCCCCGGAUUUUUAAUUUCAGCUGAGCUCCAGGAGCCAAUUCAUGUCGAAACCAAUGAAAUCUAUGGAUAAUGCCCAAGAGGGCGACACCAAAAUGCUGGCUCGCGUUAUUAAUGAUUUUCUGUUGAGUGCGAGGAGAAGCUCUGUCAUCUAGUUAUCUGGAUGAAGGGCUUUUUGUGACAAAACAUCAGGGGCCACUUGGGGCCAGGAGGUGGAGUCCUGUACCUCCUCAGACAUCCGUUCAGCCCUGUGAUUUCAACGAUCUCAUACAUUUCAUCGCCCUUCUGCCUCUAAGAUGGAGCUCUUCUUCAACCCGUUUGAUAACUUGGUGUGUAUCCUGCUGGGCAUCUCCUUCACCGUGUGGUUCACCCUGCUGCUGGUCUUCAUCAUAGUGCCAGCCAUCUUCGGGGUUUCCUUUGGCAUCCGCCGUCUUUACAUGAAGACUUUGCUAAAGAUUUUUGAGUGGGCCACUCUGAGGAUAGAGAGAGGAGCGAAAGAAAAGAACCAUCACCUGUACAAACCCUACUCAAAUGCCAUCAUCGCUAAGGAGCCCACCUCCCUCGAGGAGGAGAUCAAGGAGAUCCGGCGGAGCGGCAGCAACAAAGACCUGGACUCGGCCCCGGAGUUUGAGAUGUCCGACAUCUUCUACUUCGCCCGGCGGGGAGUGGAGAGCAUCAUGGACGAUGAGGUGACCAAGCGUUUCUCUGCUGAGGAGCUGGAGUCUUGGAAUCUGCUGACCCGCAGCAACAACAAUUUCCACUAUAUCAGUCUGAGGCUGACCGUCCUGUGGGGGCUGGGCCUGCUGAUCCGCUAUGGCUUCCUGCUACCUCUCAGGGUAACUCUUGCCUUCACUGGUGUAGGCCUCCUUGUUGUCCUCACCUCUGUUAUUGGCCUACUUCCCAAUGGAAGGAUGAAAAAUUUCCUGAGUGAGAAAGUCCACUUGAUGUGCUACAGAAUAUGUGUCAGAGCUCUGACUGCAAUCAUAACCUAUCAUGACAGUGAGAAUAAACCCAAGAAUGGAGGCAUCUGUGUGGCUAACCACACCUCUCCCAUCGAUGUUAUCAUCCUCGCCAGUGACGGCUGCUAUGCUAUGGUUGGUCAAAUCCACGGUGGCUUGAUGGGAGUCAUCCAGAGAUCCAUGGUCAAGGCCUGCCCUCACAUUUGGUUCGAACGUUCAGAAGUAAAAGACAGACAUCUAGUGGCCAAAAGACUGAGUGACCACGUAGAAGACAAAUCUAAACUACCCAUUCUCAUUUUCCCAGAGGGUACCUGCAUCAACAACACAUCAGUCAUGAUGUUUAAGAAGGGCAGUUUUGAGAUCGGUGCCACAGUCUACCCUGUGGCCAUUAAGUAUGAUCCCCGGUUUGGAGACGCCUUCUGGAACAGCAGCAAGUUUGGGAUGGUCAACUACCUUUUGCGUAUGAUGAGCAGCUGGGCCAUCGUCUGCAGCGUGUGGUACCUCCCCCCCAUGUCCAGAGAGGAAGGAGAGGAUGCUGUACAGUUUGCCAAUCGUGUAAAGGCAGCCAUAGCAAGGCAAGGGGGGCUGGUUGAUCUUCUGUGGGAUGGAGGACUGAAACGUGGGAAGGUAAAAGAUACCUUUAAAGAAGAGCAACAGAAGCUAUACAGCAAAAUGCUGGUGGGCACUCAAGAGGAUCGUAGCCGCUCCUGAACGCAAUCUUUGUGGUGGUUGACUGGCUUCGAGGCCCCCCUGGACACCUCUGACUCGACCGGCAGUCAGCAGUGGACUCUCUCUCGUGUGGAGGACCCGGACUGGAUAUUUGUCUCCCUGAUGUCAACAGUACUCCAUUUGGCUUCCUCGGUCACUGCCUCGGCCUGGCAUGUCAAGUUUGCAUCGCUGUUACGGGUCAUUCUGAGUCCGCCGCCCUGUGUUGAAUAGCUUGACUGAAGCGUCACUAACAUCAGAAAUGAAAACACGGUGCACACAGAAAGUCUUCCUCAGUGGCUGUCUUUUGAGGGAAAAAACGUGUUUUAUUUCUGUCAGAGUUCUCGUCUUCGUUUGAUAUUUUCUACUUUUAAUUUCAAGGAUUUAACUGUCACGUUUGUAUCAUGUUACAAUGUUUUAAGUUAAAGACUGAUCUGAUCUUACAUGGGAUGACAGUGACUGUAGAUAAAAACUAGUUUGUUUUAAAGCUAAAAACCUGUGACUUGAGUUUGGAUUUUCUCAUGACUGGCCCGUACCCAGGAUUCAGGGCACGAUGCCAGAUUUUGUUACAUUUUUAUGGGCUUUUUUCAAGAGAGAAAUCGAUGUAUUUUGAGCUUUGUGUUUUACAUUAAGACUUGUAUCAACACACGUGGUCACUAUAGGAUUUGCUGAUAGGAUGUUUCUGCGUUUUUUCCACGGAAUGUGUAAGUCCUCACAUUAUGAAGUGGAGGUUGUGCACCCACAGUUGCAGCAGUUUUAUUUUAAGUUAGACAGGUUUUCCUGUUCCAGCUAAUGCAGCGUACGUUGAGUAAAGUCCCUUUAAUGUUAAUGGCAUACAGCUAGCAAUGUGAGAUAAUAAUCAUCCCAAUUGGACAUAGUUAAAAUGCCAGCGAGCUGAUACAUAUUCAUACCAAUACACUUCCAGACUGGUUCUACUGGCUUCCUGCUUGUGCAGUAACCACCCCACCUCAUUUAUUUUAAAUGAACUCUAAAAGCUAUUGUCUUUAUUUCCCCUCUCAUUAAAGGUCUUUCUCAUACUUGGCAGCCUUAAGGAAGUUUCAAGGAGAGACUGCAGCUGUAGUUUUGACUCCCCUUUAGGCUGGAAGGACCAUGGUGGACGGCCUUCGAGGUUUCUCUUGGAGGCCCUGGCCUCACUAGCGCGGUAUUAUCAGGGAUAGUCGUUUAGAUUGUGUAAAAUCUGUUAAUCAAAAUAAAUGUUCAAGAAUGUGACUCUA